AUGGUCCAAUGGACUUCUUGGGCUUUCAGAGACGGUGCUAAGAUGGAGGACAACGCGGCCUACGGUAUCACACAGUCUAUUGCCAGGGAUGCUUCGGCAAGCGAGACUUUGCAGACAUAUAUAAACCUCAACAGUGUUCAUUUGGAGGUAUUACGUCUAUAUGACAAAACCUCAAGUGAUGAAGAAAAGGAAAGUGAUGACGAGGAAACGGACAGCGAUGACAACCAGGCGAACUGCGACUACGAGGCACUCCUCGAAGAUACCUUGGACAUAGCGGGGAUAAAGGAAAGCCGGAGUUUACCUGAGUUCCACCCAACAUCAGCUAUCUUGAGGACCUACCUCCAGCUAGCGGUUGUCAUCGUUCACGAAUUCGCUCAUGCAUUCAACAUAGCGUACUACGUACGGCAGCCUGGUGAGAUCCAUGUGGAGCCUUGGGUCGCAGGAGACAGGUUAAACGAGCUAGGCUGGGCCCUUAUACACAAUAUCCUUGCAGGCAAUCCCAGGGACACCUGA